GGUGCUCGCGGCUGCUUUGAAUCGCGGCGGCGCGGCCGUUGGGCGCUGUGAGGUGAAGCGAGGCCUCUGGCUGCUCGUUUGAAGACGAGGAAAGCGCAUCUGUAUUCAGGGCUGUUCUUCGGUAGCUCUGUAUUCGACUGUAUGUUUAGCGGUUUAGUAAGAUGUCUUCUAAGAAAAGAACGAAGAGAAAUCGUACUGAAGAUGAAUUCAAGGAGCACAAAGGCAGUUCUCAUCCUCGCCGGAAAUUUCUUCUUCCUGAGGAUCCUGAUGUCUCAAGAAUAUCAAAGGUUGCAGGUGUAAACCAACUUGAGGAGCUUUGUGAUUCAUUUGAUCAGCCUUUGCACAGUACUGCUUUAGAUGCUUAUGGAGAGGAGCAGUCAGAAAAUGAAUCAUCUAGUCGUGUUCCAGCUCCACAAAGGACAAAUGUGGAAAGAAGUGAAAAGAUGCACUUGAAGAUGCCUGAGGGCGGCUUUCACAAGUUCAACCAGAGUGGUUCUGUACAUGAGUCCCGUAAGGAGAAUCUGAACGCUCCAAGUGCUACUCGAUCUGAGGUGAAAAAGAAGGGACCUUCAAAGAAGAGCACACCAGGUUCUUCUGUUAGCAGCCCAUCUUCUGUACCUCUUUGGUGUCCCAAUGAGCUGAAAAGAUCAUCCAGAGAUAUCACAGAACUGGAUGUUGUUCUGGCUGAAUUUGAAAAGAUAGCAGCAAACUAUAGACAAAGCAUAGAAUCCAAGGCGUGCAGAAAAGCUAUCAGUGCCUUCUGUUCAGCUUUUGAGGACCAAGUCACUGAUCUUAUAAUAGAAGUCCAGGAACUAAAGAAUAUAAAGAAAAAAAAUGCUAAGGUGGUGGCAGACAUCAACAAGAAAAGGCAGCAACUGAUGCAAGUCAGAGAAAAGCUAAGUAGAACUGAACCACAACUGAUAAAACUACGAAAAGAAUAUGAUGAGGUGGAGGAGAGGAAAUCUUCCUUGAGGCAAGUAGUUCAAUUCCUUGCUGAUUUAAAGGAACUACAGCACGACUACUUGAAUUACAGAGAAGAAAACCCAAGAAAGAAAGUGGCAUACGGAACUUCCAGCUUACCUGCUCUUCUGGUGGAGUCACAGAGAAUUCUACAAGCAGAAAGACACUUUCAGAAUAUUAAUAGGAAACUGGAAUAUGCCCUGGAGGUACAGAGAGGGAAGUUAUCUAAGGAACAUUAAGCUCUUUUAAUAGGCUUUUUGACAAUAAUUGAUCAUUAUUGUAAUGGACUGUGCUUUGCUUGGCGAAUUGUUGUUGGUCUUUGGUGUUUAAAAGAAGUCAGCGACUUCAUCAGAUAGUAUCUUUGUAUGGUAGAAUAGCUUGCCUAAGAACUUAAUUCAGAAUGAAAUAACAAUUCCAGUUAAUACAGUAAAACUUCCUGUACUCUGUCAACAACACUUGUUUUUUUUAAUCCUUGGUUAUUUAAGUGAUGUGAUCUUAAAUAAUAUGUACCUUAAAGAGGGAAUGCACUGACGUUGGAUGAACCAGUGACAGACAAAUCUCUUUAUUAAAUCUGUAUCAGAAAAAAGUAGUUUUCUUCCAUGUCUGGAAGUGAAGAAAUUUACUAUUUGGCUUAUUGGUAGAAGUUGAACAAACAGCUAAGAAAACAGAAAUUGUAAGGCAGUAAGCCUUCAAAGUGCUAAAUGUCUUGAAGCAGCCUUCAUGAGGAGUUUCCAGCCCAGUCUUCUUCAGCCCCUGUGAUCUCUUUACACCCAUUUAAUGUGUUCUCAGGGUUGCUUGUUUUUAGCAGUUACUAGCUUUAUUGUCUAACAGCUCUAGAAAAGUGCUUUUGAACUACGUCACAGUAUCUUUCACUGAAGGCAUGUGAUACCCACGCUGUAUUAAAGCAAGCUUUGUUGCUACUAGUCUGUUUGCUAGCUAAGUCCAUGGUUAGCUGUCUUCUUUGUUACAAGUGUCUUGUUUCCAUGACAAUUCCAAAAGAACUUCAUCAGGAAUUUCUUCUGUGUUGUAACCCAGACUAUCAUCUGCUGCUUCUGCUAGCUCCACAUCUUCAGCGCUUUCUACCAAAUAGGCAUCAUCACUUGCACUGUCCCACUGAGUGUCUUGAGAUGUGUUGUCUUCUCGAGAGGCUGGGCUAUCUGACAGAUCUGCUGGGUUGGAAUGUGAUGUUACUUUUUCUUCUGUGUUCUCAUGUUCAUCUGUUACCUUAUGAUCUUCCUCCUUUUAGAAACAAGAACGUUCUUUAUUCCAUAUUUCUAACUGAACUCUUGCAACUGUUACAUAUAAUGAAUGCUACAGAAAGCUGACCAACAAGUUUCCAAGGAGUUAAUUUAUAGCCACACUACCCCAUGGAAGCCUGUUUUAAUACCAAUAGGAAUGCGUUAGUUUUCAGCAAACUAAAAAUAGUGUAUUGUAUAUAGGUUUUUUGCUAAAGAAGGCUUAGCUUUUAGCAUGUUGAUAAGACAAAACACAUACCUCUAUGAAAAGGGAAGACAAACAUAUCCUAGGUGGCAAUGGAAGACCUAAAAUCAAAGAUAAGGUGUUUAAUUAAAAUUAAGAUUCCAAAGAGUGUUAAAUACAAUGGCUUGGCAAACAAAAUACAUACUUUGUGAUUUGAAGUUUUUUUCCCUGCAGACCGGAUCGUGGCACUUCUGAUACCAAACUUCCUUUUUUAGAUCUACCAGAAUCCUACAAAUGAAAUAAUAAUUUUGGUUUUUACUAACAUUAUGUAAAGGAAAUAAAUAUACACGGCUUUGAAA